AUGUCUUAUGCGAAGAUCGGUGACGUUGGUGCUGCUGGGCUGAAGGACGAUAAGAAGCCACUUGAGGGCACUUCUCGACGCAAUAAGGUAUGGCGUGGUAACGGGCCAGCAACAGGCACAUUGAAAUGGGUUGUUAAGCCCCAUCACCCCAAGGGUAAGGGGGGUGGUCGAGCGGCGGCUCGUUACCGCUUUUGCGGAGGACCUAAGGGGUAUCGUGAUGGAAGGAAGGGAGGUGGAGGUAGCCGCCGAGGGGAGUCGGACAAGACGUCCUCUAUAGGGGAGAGUGUUGAGGAGGACUAUGAUAGGGAGGAGCCUCGUAGGGGCUCUUCAGCUCAAUCAACGGCGUCUGGCAGCUCAAGCCUGUCAUCGGAAGGUCUGCCUAGCAGCAAACCUGAACAGCUUGCAGCCUCGAGUUCGACCACACCCUCUGCUAGUCCAUCACAAUCAUGCGAGGUUCCUGCUCGAUCGAGUCUGAUGGCUCAGGAGCCCAUCAUUCCACAGGCCAUGGCGUUGUCGACCUCCCUUAGGGUUGCAUGGGGGGCCAUGCCCUGCACCUGUCCUGAGUGUACUCAGGAGGUAGCUGACUUGGUUCUCAAGGCUUAUGCACAAGAGAAGACGUGGACACCUGGCAGUGCGGUGGAAGUGGGCAGAGGGAUAAGCUCGACGCACGCACACCACGGCCCCCAUGGGCGCCCCUCGCUGGCAUAUCAGCAUGUCGUGAGGAACUCCAAUAUGGGAGGUGUAAGAGGGGGUCUGCCUGCCGAUUCAGCCACGAUAUCUCACACGGGCCUGAAAAAAAUGCACAAGUCCCAGAUGUGCCGCUGGGGACGAAACUGCUACUUUGGAGAAAACUGCCUAUACAGUCACAGUCAAACCGAAAUCGCUGAUGCACAGUCUUGGCUGGUCGGAGGGUCCUUUGAUAAGUAUGCGAGGGAACGCUAUUUGGUGCAUCAAUCUAAGAUGACGACGGAUCUCUUUACUGAGCUCCAGAGGAAACACCAGAAUAGGUAUGAGCCGAUAUACUUGAAGGAGUCUCGAUCCGGCCGUAGAAUUCGGAUGUGA